AUGGUUUUUCGUUCUGGACCCCUGACUCCUGGAGUUGCAUUCGUAACCGGCGGCGCACGCGGCUUGGGCAAUGCGAUUGCAGUAUCUUUCGCAAAGGAUGGCGCACGAGGGGUUGUUAUCGUCGAUAUUUUGAGCGAUGAUCUGCUCGAAGCAGGCCGCAAGAAUGUCGAGACCUACGGAGCUCGAUGCAUCGCCAUCAAAGCCGACGUUACCAAAGAAGACGAUGUUGCUCGUGCGAUUGAGGAGACAAUAACAACCUUUGGGCGAAUCGACUAUGCUGCCAACUUUGCAGGUAUUGUGGGACCAAUCAAUCUUCGCAUCUGGACCACUUCAAUCGAAACGGUGCGGAAAGUGCUUGAAGUCAACACAAUUGGCGUGUGGAUCUGUACUUCACAACUGAUCAAGGCUAUGAUGAAGCAAGAAGCCGUUGAAUUUGAACCUGGCCGAGCUCCAUGUCGCGGAUCGAUUGUGAAUUGCGCUUCUGUCAAUUCAAUCAUGUCCGCUGAGGGUUCGGGCCCGUAUACGGCCUCGAAGCACGCCGUGGCAGGGAUAACCAAAGCAGCUGCACUAGAGGCAAGGAGGCACGGGAUCCGUGUUAAUUCACUCUCGCCUGGCUUCAUAGCCACCCAACUCGUCCAAGGUCUUGACCUGGGAAUGUCUCCCGAAGAAGCUGAGGCCAAUUGGAAAGCCAUCGAGGCCCGCCAGGGCCGUACCGCUGUGCCUGAAGAUAUAGGCGAUGCGGUAGUUAUGCUUUCAUCUACGCGUGGAAGCCUGGUAAUCGGCCAGAAUCUGGUUGUGGACGGGGGCUUCACCAUCUGUGAGAAUUGA